AUGGAGAAGACAUUGGAAAUUUCAAAACGAAGGCGUUUACUACUGGUGCCAUGUCCAUACCAGGGCCAUAUUAACCCAAUGCUUCAUCUAGCAACAUACCUACACCACAAUGGCUUCUCAAUAACCAUUGCUCACACAUUCUUCAACUCCAUAAACUCUAACCGCCACCCAGACUUCACGUUCGUCCACCUCAACGACCAACUCCCUAAUGACCUCCUCGUGUCUUUGGAUGUGGCCUCGGUGUUGCUCGCCAUCAAUGAUAAUUGCAAGGCUAGCUUGGAGGACAUCUUGGCCAAUAUCGUCGAAGAUGUCAUGUGUGUAAUACACGAUGAGGCCAUGUACUUUUGUGAGGCAGUGGCUAGUGGUUUUGGGGUUCGAAGUUUGGUGCUUCGAACAACUAGCAUAGCGGCAUGUAUUAGUCGGCUGGUUGUUCUACAACUUCAUGCAGAGGGUCGUCUUCCUCUACUUGAUCAAGGUUUCAAUUCGCCGAAAACCAUAAAAAUUAAAGGAGAAAUAAGGGGACGUGAGGUUGUGGUGCUGAUCGAUGGGGGAGCCACGCACAAUUUUAUUGCAGAAGAGGUAGUCAAAGAGCUAAAAAUUUCAGUAGAAACCAUGGAUGCAUAUAUGGGGUUGUUCUGGGAACCGGAGGCGUAG